UCCACAGAAAGGAGUAUUCCAUUGAAGGUGGACUUGUCGAGACAACAGUGCAGUGUCAGAUCUGUUAUAACAGAGAACUUCAUAAUGAGUGAGCCACAACCAAAUCCACAUGACCCACAAAUGGGUUGCCAGGACACAAAGGGUGAGCACAAAAAGGGCCAUGGAAAGUGCCCCGGGAGUGACCACGGAAAGGGCCACGGGCAUGAGCACGGAAAGGGCCACGGGCAUGAGCACGGAAAGGGCCACGGGCAUGAGCACGGAAAGGGUCACGGGCAUGAGCACGGAAAGGAAAAAGGAGGAAAUGCAUAACAAGCUGAAUUAAGAGACCUCUGAAGUCCCCUCAAGUGCUUUUUCAUGCUUGAACAUUGAUAACUUAAAUAAAGUAUGUAU